CGGUCGUCAGCUUUUGUCGUCACCUAAAACAAAAUUUAAUUUUUGUAGAUGGAAAAAUAUAAAUAUCCUGGGGUGUAGUGAGUGAUUAUAUUUAAGAAGAUAAAAAAACGACCAUCUUAGGUUUACCUGUAUUAUUUAUAAAUACUGAAUUGAAACUUCAAGAACAGAACCAUGCCGCCGAAGAAAGCACCUGCUGGUAGUGGUGCCAGCAAGAAGACGGAACAGAAGAAAAAAGAAAAAGUUAUUGAGGAUAAGACCUUUGGUCUCAAAAACAAGAAGGGUGCUAAGCAACAAAAAUUCAUCCAGCAAGUAGAAAAGCAAGUGAAGAGUGGAGGCAUUCAUCCUGCCAAGCCCAUGGAGGAUAAAAAGAAAGACAAAGAACAAAAAUUGAAAGAACAGAAGGAAUUGGCAUUGUUGUUUAAACCAGUACAAAUUCAGAAAGUAGAGAAAGGAACUGAUCCUAAAUCAGUUGUGUGUGCAUUCUUCAAGCAGGGGCAAUGUUUUAAAGGUGAUAAAUGCAAGUUUUCCCAUGACUUGACUAUUGAAAGAAAGGCUGAGAAGAGAUCAUUGUAUGUAGACAUGAGGGAUGAUGACGACAACAUGGACAACUGGGACGAAGCCAAGCUUCAAGAGGUGGUGGAGAAAAAGCACGGAGAAGGCAACAAACAGAGGCCCAGUACGGACAUUAUAUGCAAACACUUUCUGGAGGCUGUCGAGAAAUCUAAAUAUGGUUGGUUCUGGGAGUGUCCCGCUGGCACUAAAUGUAUAUACAGGCACGCUCUGCCGGCCGGCUUUGUUCUCAAGAGGGACAAGAAGAAAAUGGAGGAAAAGAAAAAUGAAAUAUCCCUCGUGGACCUAAUAGAACGGGAGAGGGCUGCACUCGGGUCCAACCAGACCAAGAUAACGCUAGAAACCUUCUUAGCCUGGAAAAAGAAGAAGAUCAAGGAGAAACUGGAGGCAUUAGCUCAAGCGGAGGAGCAACGCCGCAGCGACUUCAAGGCGGGUCGGGCCGUCGGUCUGUCCGGACGAGAAAUGUUCUCGUUCGAUCCUGCCCUCGCCGCCGACGCCGACGACGGAGACGAAGCCGUCGAUCUACGGACGUACGGACAAGAUGGCGACGAGGAAGACGCUAUCGAAUAUCGGGAUAUUGAUCUAGGAAUGAUUGGAAUGGAGGCCUGCGAGGUCGACGACACCGGAACGAAGGCAUCAGAAGACCGUCUAGAACAAUUGGGCAAAGGCCUUGAGAACGGUGACCACAAGGAAGGAGAUCAACCUGAUGAAGACGAUGCCGCACCAGCCGUGCCCAUUAACGAGAACCUGUUCUUAGACGAAGACCUGGAUGAGGAACUGCAGAACCUCGACCUGGAGGACUAGUAGUGACGAGGACAUUCCCAUAGAUGGCGCUGAUGACAGUGAGAAUCUAAUAUCGGAGCGAAGACAUAGAUAGAUAAAGGACUUAGCACUCCUUAGCUAGCUGUCAGAUCGAACGCGAACUACUGGCUGGAAAUGAAAUGAUAUGAUUCUAAAAAAAAUAGACUAGAAAAAAAAUCACACGGUCCAGGUCCAGAAAAAAAAAUAUUUCAUGAAAUUAUACUUUAUUCAAAUUGACUUAUUGUUUGACAAGUAUGAAAAUAACAUGUGUCC